UUUUUUUUUAAAUUUAUGUCAUUAUGUCUGUCAUUUCAAGUUGGGAAGGACGUGAACAACAUUGAAAUCUACAUCAUCAUGAGUGAUUUGAACUCCAGUUUACUACAAAAUGCAUCAUUUGUGCGUCCAGAGUACUUUUUCAUCAGUGGAUUUUCUGGAAUACCUUUCAGUCAAUACUACUUUAUUUUUUUAAUCUUUGUCUAUAUUGUCUCACUGUGUGGGAACUCACUCGUCCUUUUCAUGAUAUUAGUUGACCGAACUCUGCAUAUUCCUAAAUACAUGGGGAUCUUUAAUUUAGCUCUGUCAGACUUUGGUGAAGCAAAUGCACUGAUUCCUAACCUUGUGAAGACUUUUCUUUUUCAGUCACAGUACAUAUCCUAUGAUGCUUGCUUGGCGAACAUGUUUUUUACUUUUUUCUUUUCUGGUGGACAGUCUUUGACUCUUGUUGUCAUGGCAUAUGAUCGUUUUAUUGCUAUUUGCUUUCCUCUGAGAUACCAUGCGAUUGUAAAUCACUCCUUCAUGUUUGUAACUUUAACAGCAAUAUGGCCAUUUAAUAUUAUGAUAGUAGGCACCAUGGUGGUUUUGAUUACACGACUUUCAUUCUGUAAAACCAAUGAGGUAAAAAGCUUUUUUUGUGACCAUGGACCAAUUUUUAAAAUUGCAUGUAAUGACAAUCGCUUAAAUCAGAUCAUGGCAAACAUUGGUAUUGUAAUAUACCUCUAUGUACCCUUGACUGGAAUAGUUGUAUCUUACUUAGGCAUUCUGUUGGCCCUAAUUCAAAUUACAACAUGGGAGGGUCGUCUUAAAGCAUUCAAAACAUGUAUCUCUCAUCUAUUGGUUGUAGGAAUAUAUUUUCUUCCUAUAACAAGUACAUACAUUGCAGCUGCACUAUCAUCUCUCCAUCCUAAUGCUCGGAUAAUUAAUACUUCACUAUCAUUAACAAUUCCACCUAUGUUAAAUCCCAUUAUUUAUGCCUUGAGCACAAAGGAAUUCAGAAACUUCAUAGUGAAAAUUAUUAAAAAGAAAACUACAAUUUCUCAGGUGCAGGCUUUGUCAAAGUGA